CUCUCUCCGGGAAGCGGCGACGCUGGCGCAGGGCGGGGUUUGUGCGACACCGGAAGCGGCGCUCCCGCCGGCGGAUCCCAGCGCGCCGACAGCGCGGCUUGAGGCGCCGCCCGCCUGGCCGCUGGCUCUGGACCGCACCGCCUCGCAACGGCGGUCCCGGCUCGGUAUUGUGGCGGCGCCUGGCGCUGGCAGAUCACCCAGAAGACACAAUGAGUGUUAAAGCUUUCAAGCUCGUUUCUGCUGUUGAGCGGGAGAUGUUAAUGGGAGACAAAAAUUACAUCAACAUCGAAUGCAUUGAGUGUUGUGGAAAGAACCUCUACAUUGGAACCAAUGACUGCUUUAUCUAUCACUUUCUGUUGGAUGAAAAGAUGUCAACAGCUGGAAAAAUAACUUUUGCUGCUACCAAGCAACUACAUAAAUACCUGGGCUUGAAAAAGCCUGUGAGUGAGUUGAAAGCAGCCUCUGCCCUCACCAGGCUUCUUGUGCUUUGCGACAACACAAUAACACUAGUUAACAUGAUGAACCUUGAACCUGUCCCCACUGGUGCUCGAAUCAAAGGAGCUGUGACGUUCACAUUAAAUGAAAACCCUGUGAGUGGGGAUCCUUUCUGUGUCGAAGUCUGCAUUAUCUCAGUCAAGCGACGGACCAUCCAAAUGUUCAUGGUGUUUGAAGACAGAGUCCAGAUAGUGAAGGAAGUGUUUACUCCAGAGCAACCCUGUGCUGUGGCUGUAGAUGGUUAUUACUUGUGUCUUGCGCUUACUACACAGUAUAUAAUUUUGAAUUAUAAUACUGGAGUCUCCCAGGAUCUAUUUCCUUAUUGCAGUGAUGAGAAACGGCCAAUUGUGAAAAGGAUAGGCAGACAAGAGUUUCUGUUGGCUGGCCCCGGAGGCCUAGGCAUGUUUGCAACUGUAGACGGCAUUUCACAGCGUGCCCCUGUGCACUGGUCAGAGAACGUGAUUGGAGCAGCUUUGUGCUUUCCUUAUGUAGUUGCUCUCGAUGACGAGUUCAUUACAGUGCACAGCAUGCUGGACCAGCAGCAAAAACAAACCCUGCCUUUUAAAGAAGGUCACAUUCUACAGGACUUUGAAGGAAAGGUGAUUGUUGCUACUAAUAAAGGAGUGUAUAUCUUGGUGCCGCUACCUUUGGAAAAACAGAUUCAGGAUCUUCUAGCCAGCCACAGAGUGGAAGAAGCCCUUGUUCUAGCAAAAGGAGCUCGAAGGAAUAUUCCAAAAGAGAAAUUUCAGGUAAUGUACAAACGAAUCCUGCAGCAAGCAGGUUUUAUACAGUUUGCACAACUUCAGUUCCUUGAAGCAAAAGAGCUCUUCAGAAGCGGCCAGCUUGAUGUCCGGGAGCUGAUCUCUCUCUACCCCUUCCUGUUGCCUACUUCCUCUUCAUUUAUACGGUCUCAUCCCCCUCUGCAUGAGUAUGCGGACCUAAACCAGCUGACACAAGGGGACCAGGAGAAGAUGACAAAAUGCAAACGGUUCCUCAUGAGUUAUUUGAAUGAAGUCCGCAGCACUGAGGUGGCAAAUGGCUACAAGGAAGAUAUUGACACAGCUUUACUCAAGCUAUAUGCAGAGGCAAAUCAUGAAAGCCUGCUGGAUCUGCUAGUUUCAGAGAACUUUUGUCUUUUAACAGAUAGUGCUGCCUGGCUGGAAAAACACAAAAAGUAUUUUGCACUUGGUCUCCUGUAUCACUACAAUGGUCAGGAUGCUACAGCACUUCAGUUAUGGGUGAAAAUAGUUGAUGGAGACAUUGAAGACUCUACACGUUCAGAUCUCUAUGAAUAUAUAGUAGACUUCCUUACGUUCUGCUCAGACCAAGAUCUAGUGUGGAAAUACUUUGAAUGGGUUUUACAGAAAAAUGAAGAGGUUGGUGUACAGAUUUUCACUAAAAGGCCUUUGGAAGAACAGGAGAAAAACAACAUUAAUCCAGAUGAUAUCAUCAGUUGCCUUAACAAAUAUCCUAAAGCACGUGUUAAAUACCUAGAGUAUCUGGUAUUGGAAAGGAAAAUAGAGAAGGAAAAGUACCAUACUCAUCUAGCUGUCUUGUACUUGGAGGCAAUACUUCAGCUAAAAUCUGUGACCACAGAUAAUUGUACAGAAGCAACUGAACUGCUGCUUAAACUACGCAAUCUUCUUCAGAAAUCUGAUCUUUAUAGAAUUCACUUUAUUUUGGACAAAAUCCAGGGCACAGACCUUCAUAUGGAAAGUGCAAUUUUAUAUGGAAAACUAGAAGAACAUGAGAAGGCUUUGCAUAUCCUUGUCCACGAGUUAAAGGACUACCAUGCUGCUGAAGAAUACUGUAUAUGGAACUCUGAGAACAGAGACAUGCAGUACAGACGGAGGCUUUUCCAUAUGUUGCUGUCAGUGUAUCUAAAUCCAGGCAGUUCGGAUUGUGCACUAUUCAUGGCUGCUGUGGACCUCUUGAAUAACCAUGCUGCUGAAUUUGAUGCAAGUCUAGUUUUGCAAGUGGUGCCUGACAGCUGGUCAGUGCAGCUCCUCUCCCCGUUCUUGGCUGGAGCAGUGAGGCAAAGCAUUCAUACAAAAAGAAUGACUCAGGCUGCACUUGGAUUAGCACAAGCUGAAAACUUAAUCUACAAAUAUGAGAAGGUUAAACAAAGAGGAACUCCAAUUCUUCUUUCGGACAAAAACGUCUGUCAGGUGUGCCAAAAUACUUUCUGCGAGCCUGUCUUUGUAAGAUACCCAAAUGGUGGUAUGGUGCACACACACUGUGCCGCAAACAGACAUCUGAAUUCAAACAUGAUCCAUCACUCUUCCAGCUCCAGCAAUCAGACUUGAAAUAUGUUCUGGUCCCAGUGGUUCCCAGGACUUACACCCCAUUGAAAGUGGGUUGGAAAAAAGAACAAAGUGCAGCUACUUUAAGUAUAAAUCAAGAUGAACACUGAGUCUUUGGGUUAAUGGGAAAACUUCCAGUAAAUAUGAAAUAUCACCAGUUAUCUUUUUAAUUUCUAAUGAAUGUAGAUAGAAGAAAAUUCGCUACCAGAAAUCGAGAGGUGCAUAUGUAGGCUCUUCUGUGUAUAGUAAUAAACAGUUAAAGGAAAUGAGCCUUCUCUUCACAAUAAUGGUGAAUGUUACGGAGACAAGGCAAACAGUUAUUUUAAGAAAUGUCACUUUGCACUGAACGUGGUGUCGAUAAGUUUGUAGAGGUGGAGAUGGCAUCUUGGAUGGGAUUCUUGGAACAUUAUGUGACAGGACUGGCAUCAUGCAGCUUACUAUCAAGACAAAAAUGUGCAUUGGUUAUAACAUUCGCUGCAGCAUGUCCUCUUUUGGGCUGGAUUCUCUUCCCUACGAUCACAUUAUAAACUUUAUUUUUGCUCUACAAAUCGUUGACUUUUGAUGCACUUUUCAGUACUUCCCCUCUCCUCUGCUAUAUAGGGUUUAAAUGUAAGUAAGCACUGGUCCAUUAGGUUUCUACUCCUACAGUUACUGUAAAAAAAAAAGCUUAAGUGGAAACUAAUAGCCUCAGUCACACAGCUGUGCUUGGAAGAUAAAAAGAGGUCAGAUUAUCUGGUCAGAUUGUAGUCACUUUUAUAUGGGGGAAGAGACCUUAACUUUAAUAUUGAUUUAUUUAUUAAUAUGCAAAUAUGCUGUACAUACAGUUGAAUAAAUUGAUCUUAUAUCAUUCUAGAGUUUCUUUUGAGGCUACAGAUGUGCCUGAUAGAUAAGUGUACAGGUUAUGUGCUAAAUGUUGGCUAUAACAUAACUUAGGCAGAUGGGAACUCCACAAGAACAGGUUUUUAUAACUUGUGGAUGACUUUUUGCAAUCAGAAUAAUGGAAAGAAAGUAUAAUUGGGAAGAAAUCUACAAAGGUGUAUUACAGAGGUAUUGGAUUUGUUAAAUUCUGCAAAACAUCCUGAAAACAGAAGCUUUUCAAAUAACAACAAAACCACUUUAACUUCCCUGAUAAGUAUUGACAUUGCUAUUUAACCAUUUUAAAGCAAUCAGUUUAAAAGAAGCAGCUUCCCACAAGAGAGGUUAAAAAUGGUGACUUUAAAUAAAAGUAAUUCAAAGUCAAAGCAUUUAUUUUAAUCCUGCAAAGCUCUAAUAAAUACCAAGGUUACUGACUAGCAUGCAGUUGACUUCGUACAGUUGCUCCCUGUUUCAGCUUUCCAAAUCAGAGUGGAGACUUUCCGCAAAAUGAGGUAUCUUCUAGAUGCAGUUUUGGAAGAGGUCUCCUGUUACAGAAAGGUUGGCUUAUGAAAGAGCUUUGUAAGCAUAGUGCUGCCUCCAGGAAGAGGCAGGCAGACUGCAUCCGGGGCAGGGGGGGAAAUAUCCACUUCCCUGAUGAAGCAAAAGACCUUUGGAUUGUUCUAUUUACUGAGUUGGAAAUUGGAAAAGUGUAGUUGUUGUGUUGGGUUUUAAAAAAUUGCAUAAAAUCCAAGUAAGGAGUAUUAGUGCUUUCUACUAAGACGUGUAAGAAAUGUUUAGUGAAAUGCACCUUCAAAAAAGACAAAUUCUUCUGUGGCACUUGUAUGAGCAAAUUCUUCUAUAUCUUGUAUUCAUGGCUUUCAAACGUUGUGUGUACAGUGGGCAAUGACAACGGACAAAUUUGUAGUCCCCUGUCCUCAAAAUCCUGAUAGAGAGGAAGUGUUUUUACAAAGAUGUGAUAAGCCUUUUGUGUGCAAUAGCGUGCAGUAGAAAUGCUUUCUUUUGCUGCAUGCAUCCUUAGUCUGCUCUUCUCCUGUCUGAUAAGGAGGUACUAAGCCAAAGACCACUCUUCAUGAUUAAGACUAAUUCUACCCACUAGGUAGUGAUGAACUUAGCCUUGUCAACUAGUAUUGCAAUGGAACAGAGAUCAUACCAUUCGAGGCCACAUCGUAACAUUGUAAUUGUUGUUGCAUGCAAAGGUAUGUCUGUAAAAGAUUGGACAGUUUUUUAUUAAUAUUCAACACUUUUCAGAUUUGUACUUUGACUAAAAUCCUGCAGUAACAAUAAUUGUACAUACAAAACAUACAGAAAUCACAGUAAUGCAAGGUAGCAUACUUGCAAUCAUAGAUGACCGAAAGGGUGAUAAAUAUUACAGUUGGAGGAUUUAAUUCUUUUAGCCCACCAGAAAUGUGGACUGGAAAAAACAUUGACAUUUGAUGCAUGCACUGUUACCCAUUUCUUUGUUAGAUUUCGUACUAGAACUCAUUUGGAUGAAUUAAUACGGAAGUCCUAUGGUAACAAAAAGAUAAAGUCCACAUAUGAGCCUGAGGCAGAGCAAAUUGCUCAGCAGGAUAGUGGUAGAUGGAAGAUGCUCUUUCAAGUGUGCAUACAGCACUUGAGCAAUUGGGAUGAUACUCGACCAGAAGAAAUACCAACCUUCAUCAGAGUGGCACAUGGUAUGCUGUACUUCAUCACCAGGAAAUUUAUGAAAGGUCUGCCUUCAAAUUUCCUUAGGUAGGACAAUUACAACAUGCCUUUUGGGUAGGAGAACCUCACAUUGAAGAGCCUGAGUUCAUUCCUCCUUUUAUUUAGGCACUGUCAGUUUGCUGGCUCUUGUUGUAUGUACCUGAAGUCCUGGGACAGCAUUGCUACUGUGGUAAGUUCUUUGUAUGGCUGCAGCAGCAAGGAGCGAAUGAGUGGUAAUCCAGUUAUUAAUUGCUGAGUGUAUACAUAGAGGAGGAGAGUCAGGAAAGAGGAACCUUUCUUUCAUUGCCCUUCUAGUUUGAAAAUUAAAUGGGUUCUGGAAGUUCCAACAUGAUGCAAUCUUUUUCUCUCAAUUUAGGAAAUGUGGUGUCUUAAACCUGCCUUUAGAGAGAGGAGAAUCUUACAGACUAUUUCUUCUUAUUUAGCUCUUGCUAAAUUAUUUGUGUUUGUAAUUCAUCUCUCACAUAUAUUUUUUUUUCUCCCCAUAAGAGGCUCCUCUAACUUCAAAAGUGUGAAAAACAAAACAGUAGUGCAGAUUGUUUUUUGUUUUAAUGUGACAGUGUCUGUGAUUCAGGACAUGAUGAAUGAGGUUAGUCUCACACAGAUGCUUUUGCAGCUAUUAAGGAAUGUUUGCUUAACAUGUAACCUCUAAUUACAGAACUACUGCAGCUCUGACUUUUUUAGCAGUCUCCGUUACAGUUGCUGCUACAUACAAAAAGCACUUGUUAAAUCCUUUUUAUAUCUCCACACUUCCUUACAUAAAAAUUACCUGUACUUUGUAUAGGUCAUCGUUUGCAGUUUUCCCACUCUCUAAAUCAAAUAAAGAAAGUUUCUAAUGAGAAAAAGUUGCCCAGAAUGCUCAAAAUGUGGAGAAAAUAAGCAAUUGGGUUUUGUUGCAUAGAGAGCACCACAGUAGCCUCUGAACUGACUUCUUCAGGUAGCCCUUACCAUGGUGGCUCAGGUCUGCACUGGAGUCUGGGUUACGAUAACCUCUCUCUUGAUUCCCUCUGCUUCCAGUUUCCAAAAACUUCCCAACCUUUGUUACCUACUAAAUGUCAGUCUUUGAGCACGUAAGUGACAUGGGUUUAAAUCUUCUGGGUAGACCCCGAGUGCAUCUGUCUUCAAUAAAAUGUUGCUUUAUUGCAUCAACUACAUGAAACCCUACUGAUGUCAACUGUGGAAAGGUGGUGGUAAGGAUGGAGUAUACAUAUGUUUCUUCAGACCUUCAUUAUGUGUUUGAACACACAAGCAUUAUUCUGACUGCUGAAUCUUUAUAACAAUGCCUGUACUUUGCAGGACUCUUACCCUGAAUGACAUUAAAAAAAAAUACUUUAUUUUAUACUGUUGUAUCAAGAAGUAACCUUUUAUUCUGUUGUCCUUCCCCAUUUGCUAUAGUCUCUAUUCAGCUCUAAGCGUUUUAUUAACAUCCUGCUGUUUAUAAUAGGCAGCAGUGAACGCAUUUCCAUUGUGAGCUCUUUUCCUCUUGCCUGUAUUUACUAAUUAAUUUUUCUCUUGCUGUAAAACACUUUGGGCUUAUGCUUUGUGAACAGUGAUAAUUAAACGUGCUGCUACUUUUAAAGGGAAAAGAAGUUUAUGACAUUCUGUAAUGUCUGAUUGAUUACAAAACUGAAGUUCCCCUGCAGUAAAUUUGUUCAGAUGGAAAUUUUUACCGUUAAUGCUUUCUGACUUGAUGGUUAUGUUGGUGAACAUAUGCAGCAGUAUAUGAAAUGUACAAAUGUAUAAAUAUGUUGAUUUUUAAUAAAAAAAUCUUUUAAUUA